GGCGCAAGGGCAAUUAAUGAUCAGUGCAGCCUCUGCGACGUUAGGGAAUAAUUGAUUACUGAACAACCAUUUUUGUAAAUUAAAGGUACCUAUCCACAAUACAUAGCUUCAAAAACUAUUUAGAAUUUUUGGCUAUUGGUAAUCCGAUCCUUCGAACAAUGUCAAAGCACCUAGCAGCCUAGGUACCUAAAGUAGAACUUUGGGGCUCCACGAUUAACAAUCAACCAUCAUUGAACAAUAACGAAUUCAGCUAGCAUCAUAUCCAACCAGACCAAACAAUAACACCCACUACCUUAGGUAGGUACCUAAUUACUAUGUAUCCAAACUAGCACCUUCCCCGUGCUCCCGUGCCCCCGUGCCCCCCGGUCCCCCCGUGGACGUUCAGCUCUCACGAAAUUCGCGUAUCCACUCACACUCAACCAGCAUCUACAUAGCAGCCACAGCCUAGAAACGACCCCUGAAUGGUUCAAUCCCAGCUUCACUUUUAACCAUUCGGUCUUAACUUCUCAUUAACCUCCUAACAAGCCUGCCCCGCUCCUUAGGCUGAGCCUAUCAACUUGAAUGACAAUUAUGCAAGACACUCUUUCGAGAUGCCAUCCACGAUCAGCAAUGACGAGUGGGACCUCCCACGAGUGAAGGCCUCUAUCGGUUUUGAGGAUGAUUCCCAAAACUUGGCAUCAGACGACCAGGACACAGAAUUCUUCGAUGUGAAGUUUUACCCAUAUGGGGAUGUCACACAUGAUCCGGUAUUUGCCGCGGUCAGCAAAAAGCAUAUCGUAAUAUACCGGCUCUCCAGCAAGAUUACACCCCCUUACGAGCUUGUCCAGCUCUUCAGGGACGACGACAAGGAGGCGCUGAAUUGCAGCUGCACUUGGACUAAGGACCCUGAGACCGAAGUCCCCUAUUUAUGCGUAGCUGGGAGGGACGCCAAAAUCAAGGUUUACGACGUUGUUCAGGGUAAGCUAGUAAAGGUCCUCGUAGGCCAUGGAGGAGAAAUAAAUGAUCUUGCUACGUGCCCGACAAAUUUCCUCCUAAUUGCAUCAGCAUCGGAAGACACUACAGUUCGGAUAUGGAGCCUCGAUCCUGCACACGAAAAGCAACCAUGCGUGUGCCUGCUUGCCGGAGAAGGGCACUCAUCAGGGCUGCUGACUGUGGCAUUUCAUAAUAGCGGCCGUUAUGUUCUCUCCGCUGGACACGACAAUGUUAUUUGUCUGUGGACGCUUCCUAAUUUACCUCCUGAACCGAGCGGCAAAACCCCUUCACAGCCAAUCGUAAUACAUUACCCUCAUUUCUUUACUUCUGAGGUGCAUAGCGGCAUAGUAGAUUGUGUUGCUUUCUUUGGCGAUCUCAUUCUCUCCAGGGCCUGCCAUGAGGACAUAAUCGUGCUAUGGCGAAUCGAAGGAUUCUCGUCUCGUGAUCCUCCCCCUGAAAUGUCUGAGGCACCUACUACGAGUGAUACAGAACGUCUAACCCGUUCAGCCUUUGCCCCUGCGACAGCAUCGGCGUGUCCACCUCAGUACACUCGCCUAUUAGAGUUUUGGACGCCGCAUUGCGGUCAUCAGUUCUACUUACGCUUCAAGCUCUUUCACGACAAGGACAAACACCCGAUUUUGGCGUUCGGCAAUGCCAAGGCCAUGAUUUUCUUCUGGGACCUAGCACGUCUAGGGAGCUAUCACGAUUUCAUCAGCGAAGUUCGAGACCCCAAUCGUGAUAAGACCCAGCCAAUCCAACGGCCGGGCUGGCUAGCGCCCAUGAAUAGACAUAAGGGAGAUGCCGUUAGCAAGGUUAGGGACGCUGCUAGCGACAGGGAGUCGGUCGUGUCCGGACAUACAGGUAGCGUGGACGUCGAAACACACUAUGAUCUCAAUACAAACUAUACUCCGGAGACGUUGGAGCAGUGGGAAUUGAAAUAUGACAUGACACGCGUCGAGGAACCCAUCAGAGCACACUCGCAGAGCAAUGUUACAGUUAAGGACUUCGUUGGACGCCAGGUUGCUUGGAGCAUCGGUGGUGAAUGGUGUGUGGUCGUGGGCAGCAAGAAUCUAGCCAUCAUCCUCGGGCGGUGGCUUAAGAAAGAUCGGACCGAAGAUAAAGAGCGGAAACCAAUCCAAGAUAUACCCGCUUGAAUGUUGGGUAAUGCUUUUAAUUUUCAACAUGUUUCAUAACACUAGGAAUUCACUUGGUCGGAUGAGCACUAAGCGUUUAGUCAUGAGUAUCCAUGUGUUAGUGAAUGUGUUCGUGUAGCAUUCAAAGAGAGUAUCUAUUCCCACUCGUUAACAUUCUCAACCAGCCCCAAAGGAAUGGCAGCGUUAAAAGCUAAUACAUAUUCCGUUCCCGAUUUUCUAUCGA